AUGAGUAGCAAUAUCCACUCGAACCAUCUCAGCCUAGACGCGUCCUCCUCCUCUUCCUCCUCCUCCUCCUCCUCCUCCUCUUCGUCCUUGGUCCACGAGCCCAAGAUGGAUGCGCUCAUCAUCCCGGUGACCAUGGAGGUACCGUGCGACAGCCGGGGCCAGCGCAUGUGGUGGGCUUUCUUGGCCUCUUCCAUGGUGACUUUUUUCGGGGGCCUCUUCAUCAUCUUGCUCUGGCGGACGCUCAAGUACCUGUGGACCGUUUGCUGCCACUGCGGGGGCAAGACGAAGGAAGCACAGAAGAUCAACAAUGGCACAAGCCAGGCUGAUGGCCCCCUCAAGCCCGCAGAUGAACAAGAGGGGGCAGUGGCCGCAGAAGUCGGCUGGAUGACCUCCGUGAAGGACUGGGCAGGGGUCAUGAUAUCAGCCCAGACGCUGACGGGCAGAGUCCUGGUGGUCUUAGUCUUUGCUCUCAGCAUUGGUGCACUUGUAAUAUACUUCAUUGAUUCAUCAAACCCAAUAGAAUCCUGCCAGAAUUUCUACAAAGAUUUCACAUUACAGAUUGACAUGGCUUUCAACGUGUUCUUUCUUCUCUACUUUGGCCUGCGGGUAAGUUUGAACAGCAGUGUGUGGUAAUAUUGGGUGUCUUAUAACUUAUACUUUGAGUUUUUCCUUGUCCAGGAAGACUCUUACCUCUCUGUCUAUUUCAAUAUAUCAUGGCUUGGUUUGAGAUUUUUGAGAGCUCUCAGACUGAUACAGUUUUCAGAAAUUUUGCAGUUUCUGAAUAUCCUUAAAACAAGUAAUUCCAUCAAGCUGGUGAAUCUCCUCUCCAUAUUUAUCAGUACGUGGCUAACAGCGGCCGGGUUCAUCCAUUUGGUGGAGAAUUCAGGGGACCCAUGGGAAAACUUCCAGAACAACCAGGCUCUUACGUACUGGGAAUGUGUCUAUUUACUCAUGGUCACCAUGUCCACCGUUGGCUAUGGGGAUGUUUAUGCAAAAACGACACUUGGCCGCCUCUUCAUGGUCUUCUUCAUCCUCGGGGGACUGGCCAUGUUUGCCAGCUACGUCCCUGAAAUCAUAGAGUUAAUAGGAAACCGCAAGAAAUACGGGGGCUCCUAUAGUGCGGUUAGUGGAAGAAAGCACAUUGUGGUCUGUGGACACAUCACUCUGGAGAGUGUUUCCAAUUUCCUGAAGGACUUUCUGCACAAGGAUCGGGAUGAUGUCAAUGUGGAGAUUGUCUUUCUUCACAACAUUUCUCCUAACCUGGAGCUUGAAGCUCUGUUCAAGCGACAUUUUACUCAGGUGGAAUUUUAUCAGGGUUCAGUCCUCAAUCCACAUGAUCUUGCAAGAGUCAAGAUAGAGUCAGCAGAUGCGUGCCUAAUCCUUGCCAAUAAGUACUGCGCCGACCCGGAUGCUGAAGAUGCCUCCAACAUCAUGAGAGUAAUCUCCAUAAAGAACUACCAUCCGAAGAUUAGAAUCAUCACUCAGAUGCUGCAGUAUCACAACAAGGCCCAUCUGCUAAACAUCCCAAGCUGGAAUUGGAAAGAGGGUGAUGAUGCAAUCUGCCUUGCCGAGCUGAAGCUGGGUUUCAUAGCCCAAAGCUGUCUGGCUCAAGGCCUCUCCACAAUGCUCGCCAACCUCUUCUCCAUGAGGUCAUGCAUAAAGGUAAUGUCUUUUACAUGGAAGAAGCAUGUCUUAGAGGGUAUUUUCAAUGAUUUGUAUUGUAGUUAUCAAAGUGAGUAUAUGCUAUGUGGGUUAGUUUCUCCAUCUUGUUGCAGGCUGUGUUUUGUGAAGCUCAAGCUCCUAAUGAUAGCCAUUGAAUACAAGUCCGCCAACCGAGAGAGCCGUAUAUUAAUUAAUCCUGGAAACCACCUUAAGAUCCAAGAAGGUACUUUAGGAUUUUUCAUCGCAAGUGAUGCCAAAGAAGUUAAAAGGGCAUUUUUUUACUGCAAGGCCUGUCAUGAUGACAUCACAGAUCCCAAAAGAAUAAAAAAAUGCGGCUGCAAACGGCUGAUAUAUUUCAAGGUUGAAGCCAGAUCACGCUAUCCCAAAGACCCAUUUGAGUUCAAGAUUGCACCUCCCAAGUCUGGGCUUGUGACUGAGUCAGUUGAAGAUGAGCAGCCGUCCACGCUGUCACCCAAAAAAAAGCAACGGAAUGGAGGCAUGCGGAAUUCACCCAACACCUCGCCCAAGCUGAUGAGGCAUGAUCCUCUGUUAAUUCCUGGCAAUGAUCAGAUUGACAACAUUGACUCCAAUGUGAAGAAAUACGACUCUACUGGGAUGUUCCACUGGUGUGUGCCCAAGGAGAUCGAGAAAGUCAUUUUGACCCGAAGCGAAGCGGCCAUGACUGUCCUGAGUGGCCAUGUCGUGGUCUGCAUCUUUGGCGAUGUCAAUUCAGCACUGAUCGGACUCCGGAACCUCGUGAUGCCGCUCCGGGCCAGUAACUUCCAUUACCAUGAGCUCAAGCACAUCGUGUUUGUGGGCUCCAUUGAGUACCUCAAGCGGGAAUGGGAGACACUCCACAACUUCCCCAAAGUGUCCAUAUUGCCUGGUACACCAUUAAGUCGGGCUGAUUUAAGGGCCGUCAACAUCAACCUCUGUGACAUGUGCGUGAUCCUGUCAGCCAAUCAGAAUAAUAUUGAUGAUACUUCGCUGCAGGACAAGGAAUGCAUCUUGGCAUCCCUCAACAUCAAAUCUAUGCAGUUUGAUGACAGCAUCGGGGUCUUACAGGCUAAUUCCCAAGGGUUCACACCUCCAGGAAUGGACAGGUCCUCUCCAGACAACAGUCCAGUUCAUGGGAUGCUACGCCAACCAUCCAUCACGACUGGGGUCAAUAUCCCCAUCAUCACGGAACUAGCUAAACCAGGCAAGUUGCCUUUGGUAUCAGUCAAUCAGGAAAAAAACAGUGGGACGCACAUUCUAAUGAUAACCGAACUGGUGAAUGAUACUAAUGUUCAGUUUUUGGACCAAGAUGACGACGAUGACCCUGACACGGAACUGUACCUCACACAGCCAUUUGCUUGUGGGACAGCAUUUGCCGUCAGUGUCCUUGAUUCCCUCAUGAGUGCGACAUAUUUCAAUGAUAAUAUUCUGACCCUGAUACGGACUCUGGUGACUGGAGGGGCCACACCAGAGCUGGAGGCUUUGAUUGCUGAGGAAAAUGCACUUCGAGGGGGCUACAGCACCCCCCAGACACUGGCCAACAGGGACCGAUGCCGCGUGGCCCAGCUAGCCCUGUUGGAUGGUCCCUUUGCUGACUUAGGGGAUGGUGGUUGUUAUGGUGAUUUGUUCUGCAAAGCUCUGAAAACCUAUAAUAUGCUUUGUUUUGGGAUUUACCGGCUGAGAGAUGCCCACCUCAGCACCCCUAGUCAGUGUACGAAGAGGUAUGUCAUCACCAACCCCCCGUACGAGUUUGAGCUCGUGCCCACGGACCUGAUCUUCUGCUUAAUGCAGUUUGACCACAAUGCCGGCCAGUCUCGAGCCAGCCUCUCCCAUUCCUCCCACUCAUCCCAGUCCUCUAGCAAGAAGAGCUCCUCCAUUCACUCCAUCCCGUCCACAGCCAACCGGCCGAACCGCCCCAAGUCCAGGGAGUCCCGGGAAAAACAGAAGUACGUGCAGGAAGAGCGGCUUUGAUCUGUGUAUCCACUGCCACCAUGUGUGAAACUGUAUCUGCCACUCAUUUCCCCGGGUGCUGUUCCCAAUAGUAACUGUCGCUGUUUCCCCUGUAGCUUUCUCUCCCCUCUUUUUUUAAACACAUAUUUUGCA